UUAACACGUGGCAGAAGAUGACGUCAUGACAGCAUUAACGUCCGUCGUCGUGGGAAAGGAGCUAGAAAACGGCUCUUGUUAAUAAAGGAGGGAUGAUUGGGGCUGUCAAGCUGUUGGAAUUCAAACACGUCACUGUGGAGGGUUUAAGGCGUCAAAAUUCUUUUCGGUUUUCAGUUUCUGUUUUUCUUUUUUUGGGUUUUUUAUGCUAUCUUCUCUCUAUUUUUCUUCUUCCAAGUUUGUUGGAUUGAAGAAAAAAUGGUUCGGAGUAUUGGGUUUGUUGGGAAUUCAGCUUUGAAUGAGAAUGAUGGUGGGAUGGAAGGGGAUUCAAGUCCUCUGAUUCCUCCUGGUUUUGGUUAUGAUGAUUAUGAGAGGGAGGAUGGGUUUUGUGGGGUUUAUGGAUUUGGAGCUAAUUGUAAAAGGAUGAGAAUGAUGAGUUCGAAUCAACAGACUGUAACUCCUCCAAAUCCACCUGUGGAUUCUAGUCCGCUUGGUUUAACACUGAGAAAAACGCCAUCUUUUUUAGAUCUCAUUGAAAUGAAACUCUCUCAAACCAGGAAGGUUUCUCCAAUGCAACAUUUCUAUUCCAAGAAGGCAAAGGAAGAUUUUGCUGCACAGCCCAUUUCAGAAAAAUUGAAAGCUUCUAAUUUCUCUGUAUUGGCACUCAGAAUCGGCUCUUGGGAGAGAGUUUCUCGAUACGAUGGAGACUUGGUAGGGAAAUGCUACUAUGCAAAGCGUAAAUUAGUUUGGGAGGUUUUGGAUUCUGGAUUGAAGAGUAAAAUUGAGAUUCAAUGGUCUGAUAUUUCCGGCAUUAGGGCGAAUUUUCGAGAAAACGAACCUGGAAUUCUAGAAGUUGAGCUGAAUCAUGCGCCUCAAUUCUCCCGUGAGACGAAUCCCCAACCACGAAAACACACUCUCUGGCAAGCUACUUCUGAUUUUACAGGAGGUCAAGCACUCAUCUACAGGCGACACUAUCUUCAACUCCCCCAGGGAGCCCUUGAGAAGCAUUAUGAAAAGCUCUUGCAAUAUGACAGCCGGUUAUAUGAGCUGAGCCAGAGCCCAUUCCCUACAAUAAACUCUCCCUACUUCUACUCAUGCGGUGGACCGGAAUUUCCUCCUGUUUUUGAUCGCACGUUCAAGAGCGGCUAUCCAUCUCGGUUUCCCCUACACGGCAUAGCAGGGCCUGUUGGAGUCCCUCUUCAGCAAGUUCAGAAAUUCAAACCUCCUACAAGAGCCAUUGGAGCUAAUGAUUCGACUUCGCCAUGCUCAGUUAUCGAUUACGCUCCAAUAGAAGCACAUUGUGCCAGGGAACACACCAAGCAUCAGAAGGCUUUGUUUUGGGGUGAAGGAUUCCGAACUCAAGUAAACAUUGGCAAUGUGAAUGGCAAUCAGAUUGAAGAACUGCCCUCGAUUGCUUCCGCACAUCAAACCAUUCGUAGACAAUUUUCAUCUAAUUUAUGUUCUUCGAUUUCUUCGAACGAUUGGGAUCUCAAUAAGAUUGCAACACACCUACUCAACGACCCGGUUGCAACCGGAUGCUCCGACGACAUCAAGAUCCUUGAGAAAGUGAAGUCCAUGUACUCCCUCCUCGAUGCAUCAUCUAAUUCAGAAACAGUAGCAGAAAGCAUUAGUAUGAAGCAGGAAGAGUAUAGUGAGGAGAUGAGUGUAACUGACUGGGUGAAGCUGGAAAGCUCCAAGCCGUCCGAUGACGAUGGCGGUCACCCGUUCCCGAAUCCAUUGAAUUGGUGGCCCCCAACAAACCCAAAUGAGAAUUCAUCGAUCCAUCUCCCUCGAAUCCUAUCAUAUCCAUACUUGUUCUUAGACCAAAUGAGGGAUGACCCAGAUGCAUAUGAUCAUAUUCACAUCAAUGAAGAGUAAUGUUGUUGUCCAGAUUGCAUAAACGUCAAGCCGAGCCGCUCGUCAAGUGGGCUGCGAGUGCAUUGAUUUGAUCCAUUAAUCCCACCCCGAUGAACGGUUCGGCCUGAUUUUUGUACCAAUGAUCUUCAACUUGGGGCCAAAAUUUUGGACGGCUUGGAUGCCGUAUACGCAUGGCACACUGACCACACACAGCUGUGUGGUCAUUCAUCUGAGGUUGGAUUGAAAGGAGAUGAUGCAUGAGUAGUGUGACUGUAAAUCUCCAAUGCUGUGAUUUUCAUUUAUUGGUAGGUAGAGUAGAAAUUGAAGUUUCCUUGUGAAAAAUCCAAUGCUGUCAAUAGAUAGAUGACUCAGAUCAUGGUUUUUAGACUCAGUGACUCAGAUCAACUUGUUCGGUCUCAAGUCGUGACUCGCGACCCACCUGAGCCUGGGGGUUGCAUUGGCCCGGCCGCCUGAGCCGAGUCAACUUGGGGUGCAACUCAUGAAUCGACUCGGUCGAGUCAAAUCAAUCUUGUCUGAGUCUUAAAACCAUGAUAUUAUAGAUGUGCUUGUUUGAUGAAAAAUGUUCCAAGGGUUGUAAGUUAUGUAGUGUUACUAGUUGCAUUGGGUCAUUUAAGUCCACUAAUUCCAAUCAAUUGAUCUCAA